UCUAAACAGUAACAGUGAAAAUUUAAAUGAAGACAAAAAUGAGCCUAAUAAUAGUAACUCUAACGAAGAUGACAUUGAAAUGCAAGAAGAUGAAGAGGCUAAUGAAAUUUUAGAUGACGAAGAUGAUAAUGAAAUCUUUGAAAUUCAAGAAGACAAAGAUGAAAAUGAAAUCCUUGAAAUUUAA